UUGCUUUCAGGCCUCAGCUUCCCAGCAAAGCAAACAAAGCAACCAGCCAGCCUCGUGUCUUCUACCCUUGCCCUUGUGCUGGCACCACGGGGUAAAAGGUUAUUUCUGGUUGGUUGUUUUCCUGAUGUAUCAUGGUUGGACAGCAACUUGACUUCCAAUCACCCUAUUCCAAGAGCUUCAGAGGAGACCUUAAAUGGGGCCACUGCAGCCCAGAACACAUCUGGCCAGGUUGAUGAGAGCGCUGCCCAAACAUGCCCACCGUGGAUGAUGUUCUGGAGCAGAUUGGGGAGUUUGGCUGGUUCCAGAAGCAAGUUUUUCUGAUCCUGUGCCUGAUCUCAGUUGCUUUAGCCCCCAUCUAUGUGGGCAUUAUCUUUCUGGGCUUUACUCCUGACCACUGGUGCCGGAAUCCUGGGGUGGCCGAGCUGAGCCAGAGAUGUGGCUGGAGCCUGGCCGAUGAGCGCAAUUAUACAGUUCCAGGCCUGGGGGCUGAAAAUGAAAUAUUCCUCCAGCAGUGCAUGCAGUAUGAGGUGGACUGGAACCAGAGCACCCUUAGCUGCAUAGACCCUCUGUCCAGCCUGGCUGACAACAGGAGCCACCUGCCUCUGGGCCCCUGUCAGCAUGGCUGGGUGUAUGACACGCCUGGCUCCUCCAUCGUCACUGAGUUUAACUUGGUGUGUGCAGAUGCCUGGAAGGUGGACCUCUUUCAGUCCUCCGUGAGCUUGGGCUUCUUCCUCGGCUCCCUGGGCAUUGGCUACAUCGCAGACAGGUUUGGCCGCAAGCUGUGUCUCCUGGGGACCUCCCUGGUCACUGCUGUGUCGGGUGUGCUGACAGCAGUGGCUCCAAACUACACAUCCAUGUUUCUCUUCCGCCUGGUGCAGGGAAUGGUCAGCAAGGGCACCUGGAUGACUGGCUACACCCUGAAUGAUAAGAACGAAAGGUCUGAAAACUCCCUUCCUGGAGAAAAGCAGCUCACAGAGUUUGUUGGCUCAGGCUACAGAAUGACAGUGGCGAUCCUGUACCAGAUGGGCUUCACGGUGGGGCUGGUGGUGCUCACCGGGGUGGCGUAUGUCAUUCCACACUGGCGCUGGCUCCAGCUGGCUGUGUCCCUGCCCACCUUCCUCUUCCUGCUGUACUACUGGUGUGUUCCUGAGUCACCUCGAUGGUUGUUGUCACAGAAUAGAAACACCCAAGCAAUGAAGAUCAUGGACCACAUCGCUCAGAAGAAUGGGAAACCGCCCGUUGCUGAUUUAAAGAUGCUCUCUGCGGAGGAGGAGAAGACGGAAAAUCUGAGCCCAUCGUUCAUGGACCUGUUCCGCUCGCCGACUCUGCGGAAGUACACAUUCAUCCUGAUGUACCUGUGGUUCACCUGCUCGGUGAUCUACCAGGGUCUCAUCUUGCACAUUGGGGCCACCAGCGAAAACCCCUACCUGGAUUUCUUAUACUCCUCCCUGGUCGAAUUCCCUGCAGCCUUCAUCAUCGUUGUCACCAUUGACCGAGUUGGCCGCAUCCGUCCUCUGGCUCUGUCCAAUUUUGUGGCAGGAGCAGCCAGUUUAACCAUCAUUUUUGUCCCACCUGGUCUGGGCUGGCUACAAAUCAGUUUGGCUUGUUUGGGCCGGAUGGGAAUCACAAUUGUGUUGCAAGUGGCUUGCCUGGUGAACGCAGAGCUGUAUCCUACCUUCAUCAGAAGCCUCGCAGUGAUGGUGUGUUCUACCCUCGCUGACCUGGGUGGGAUCGUAACACCCUUCUUGGUCUACAGGCUGAUGGAGAUUUGGGAAGCCUUGCCCCUUGUUUUGUUUGGUGUGCUGGGCCUGAUUGCUGGAGGAAUGACAUUGCUUCUUCCUGAGACCAAGGGGGCUGCUCUGCCCGAAACCAUUGAGGAUGCUGAGAACUUCCAGAGGAAAGCAAAGCCCAAAGAAAACACAAUUUAUCUCCAGGUCCAGAUAUCGGAAGGUGCGGGUACCUGAGAGCUGCUUUACUUGGAGCUGACCAGAAGAGAUGAAGAGGAAUUUAUCAUUCAAACAAAAUUCCAGAAAUCUGUGCUUUUCUGUAUUUUUUCUUAUACUCCCCUGUCCCAAAUUAAUCUUAAUCCUAAAAAAAUUAUCUUAGUGUGCUUUGUCUUAAUUUGUUUUAUUUCUCAAGUCCCCCAAAUCUCUAUCUUUUUUCUACUUACCAGUUCUAGUGAGAGCUGGUAUUUCUGGUGGUAUUAAGAAUAGCACAGUAGACCCUUGACUUUCUUAUUCAAUGUGGACUGGUUGUAACUCCAGUGGUCAGUUGAAGGCUCAUGGUCCGCCCUCACAGCCUUCAGGGUCUCUCCCCUGUAUAUACGCAGAUCUCAGUGUCCUUAGAAAGGCAUUGGCCCAGGAUUUAUCAAUUAACUCCAUAUAGGAAAGGAUGUUGUCAUGUUCCUUCCAGAACUCUGUAAGGGUUAGAUCUAUAUCUGAGACCAUUUGGAAGCACCAGUAAGCAGCAUUCAGAUCAUAACUCAAGGCUUUGGUCAUAAGUUCUGGACUAACCCAAGUUGUUCAUGUGUCAGGCUGGUUUAACUCAUGGGUCCACUGUACUUCAUUACCUAAAGUACUAUAGAGAUCAAACAGAAAUUAAAUAUUGUUACAAAAAAGAUCUCUGUAACUUUUUGUCUUUGCUAUUGUUUAAUUUACUAUCUGGAAGAAAACACCUUUGCAUUUGUAGAAAUAUGUGUUGGCAAAAGCAUUUCAGUAUGUAGCUUGAUUAGUGGUCCUUGGUGGCUCUUCCAGCAAACUGCAUCUCAGUUGAGUUUAAAUAAAGUAAUAGAAGCGAGGCAUGCUAGUGCAUGCCCAUAAUCCCAACACUAGGGAGGCUGAGGCCAGCCUGUGCUACAUAAUGAGUUCGAGGCCAGCGUGAACUACAAAGUGAGCUCCUGUCUUAAAUAAAUAAAUAAAUAAAAUGAUGAGAGAAAACAGGAUUUUCCCUUAAAGACCAUUUUGGGAGGGGUGUUUUCCUCACCUAUGCUCCAGGAGUAUGUUACUCUAUGUCGCUCUUGGGUUUGGUUCUUACUGGUGAUUCUAGCAGGCAAAAUCAUAUGCUGACUGUGAAUAUCAUAAUAAACACAUCAAAAGGA